AUGCCUGCCAUCCCACCUACAAUAGCGACAUCAACCGCACAAACAUCCAUAAUGGAUAAUGCAGCAAGAUUGCUCAAGCGCAGCAGCAUGAGCAACCCGGACAAAUACUCCCUCUACAUCUUCCUCAUCAUCGCCGGCUGCAUUGUAGGAGGACUCAUCGGGUUCAGUGUGUACACAAUGUACCACGGUCUUGACGACUCAGAUAGGAUGAAGGACGUCUCACACGAGCAACGAAAAUACAUGCGCGAAACCAGGCAGCGGUAUUUGAACAUGUUGGCUUUUGAGGCGAGGAGACCUGAGUUGGUUGUUCCUAUCAGGGAAGUGGAUGUUUGA